AUGGAUACGACUGCAAAGAUGGAUGAAGUACAAUUUACAAAUUUAAUCUUUACUUUACAUCCAAAGAGCAUUGAUACAUGGGCAUAUCGACGUUGGUUAACUACUCGCCUGUGUGAAUCACAUUUAGAAGACAAUCAUCGACAAAUGUUUUACAAUGAACAGAUAAACGUUUCCAGUCGAUUAGCAGAACAAAAACCACGAAAUUAUCAUGCAUGGAGCUUUCGUCAUUGGAUUGUCUCGCGGCUUCCGCUGGAUCUGAUGCUCGUGGAACUUAAUAGCAUGGAACACUGGUGUCGAAUGCAUAUAACUGAUCACUCGGGCUGGAACCACCGCCAGCACAUCCUAAAUGAGUUGGCAAAAAAACACCAAGAUACUGGUAAUGUGGAGAGGUUCUUGCAGAACCUGAUUCUUGCAGAAUUGAAGCUUGUGUCGGAAAUCAUGGCAUCUUACCUGACGCACGAAGCGCUGUGGUGCCAUCGACGCUACAUCAUACAUCGUUUGCUCAAGAUGAUGUUGCAAAGAGCAAGUAGCGAUCUGUCAUUCGUGCUUGUGGUAGUAUCUCAAGUGGCAAAGACACUGUCGGAUGCUAAAUCAGAGUCGUUCGAGGCUGCAGCUCUAAGUUUGUCGUGGAGCGAAACGAUCAAGAUAUUAAGCAAUGACAAUUUUGGAAUGUCUUCAAUGGUUCAUGCGAUUUUGAAGGAGAUUGAGAUUGCUUGGAAGUGUGGAAAUCAGUUUUCGAGGCGGUAUGCCGCAUGGUGCCUUGCGCGACUUCGUGUUUUUUUUCGAGGUAGUAGAGCUUUUGGAGUAAGCGACCAAGACGACGCAUUGGAACACGAGCUCAGUUCGCUAGCGUCGAGCUUGCACGAGUAA